AGUUUGAUGGUUAAAGAAAAAAGAAAUUCAUCGUAAUAAUGCUAUAUAUGUUACAUGCAGUGACAGAUGGUGAGCAAUUGAAAACUUCCGUCUGACUCGCUCCAUUGUAGCACAGCAAAUCUCCCUCGUCCCACGCUUGCCUUCUUCUUCUCCUCCAUCUCUAACAAAUUACCAACCAAACAAACAGACAGCCAAAACAACAAAAAAAAAAAAAAAGAAAACGCAGAGAUCAGAAAAAAAAAAAAUUAAAAUCGCAGUUAAUAAUUUUACCUAAUUCUAGUAAGUGUGAAUGAAACACGGAGGCGGAGGAAGGAGAAAGCCGGCCGGGUCAACAGAUGAAAAACCGGCCGAUCCUCACGGCCGUCGCGACAAUCUAGCCGGUCUAACGCUCUUCGCGGUGUUAGGCGGCGAAGAUGAGGUGUCGCCUCCUCCUCCGACAGCUCAGCAGAGCAAGACUACGACUACGACUACGACAACGACGACAGCUCAGCAGAGCAAAACUACGACAACGACGACGGCUCAGCAGCAGAGCAGGACGACUCACCUGGAUGCCAUAAAAGACGACCCCAACGGCGGCAAGGACCACAAGAAAACAUGGAAACAUUUCAAGGAGAAACUCGGCCUGAAGGACGCCGGCGACGGCUGGACUUCCAGCACUCCCAUCCCCGCCUCGGACGUACCGAUCCAUCCGAUGAGCAGCCGGACAAUGAGCCGGAGAGCUUCCAAUCGCUUUCCUUCGGGAGAGUAUCCGGCGGACGAAUACAAGCCGGAGCUAGCCGCAUCGGGGAGGAGAGAGCUUCGAUCCUCUCCGUCGAAUAGAAUGUCGUUGUCGAGGAACCAAAGCCGGAGCCGGAGCCUGAGGUUCCAGAACUCGGCGUCGAUCAAAAGAUCGGGGAUGGAAGGAGAAGAGAGCGGAAGCGGGGAGGGAGGAGAAGGAGAGGAAGCGGGGAUGAGGAUGUCGUUAAUGGCGUUGUUGGAGGAAUCGGAAGGGGGAUUGAUGAUGGAUGAAGAGGAGGAAGAAGAAGACGGUUGCGAAGAUUACGGCGGAGAAUUCCAUAACUGCUGUGUCUGUAUGGUUAGACACAAAGGAGAGGCGUUCGUGCCAUGCGGACACACCUUUUGCAGGCUCUGCUCAAGGGAGCUCUGGGCUGAGAAGGGCAAUUGUCCACUCUGCAACAAUUUCAUCCUCGAAAUUCUCGACAUUUUCUGACAAUCCAAUUUAGGGAAAAUCACUCAAAUGUGUUAUAAUUUAUUAUAAA